AUGAUACCUAACCUAAUAAACCUUAUGUUCGAAAUAUUACGUCCAGGGUAUGCGAAAUGCUUACAGUGUCUUGCCUGUAUGCCAAAAGACUUCAUGUAUCACCCGUGGCAAGCAAUCAUGAUUUCUCUCUGUGGAGUCAACAAACGAAAACUUCCUACGCAUAAACGACAGAUCUGCGCAGUAUGUCCUCUGAAAGAAGAAGGUCUCAUUGAUCUUGCCAAUGAUGUGAUUCGUGGAUCGCGAGGCAGAGCAGCAUCUGUAAAAGCUGUGCUCUCUCACAACUCAAAAAAUUUCAUACCACGAGCUUCCUUCAAGGUCAGGCAGCCAUGGUUACCAUUUACUGCAUCCAACUUUAUGAACUCGCUCAUACAGCCGCAAAAAGAUACUGAGAAGAGUUUCAGUUCUUCUGCAUAA